UUUCCCAGGCGAUUGUAGUAAACAAGUCCCUGGAGGUUCUGCUAUGCCAUGUGAGUAAUGGCUUCCUCAGCCCCAGGCCAGUUCAGUUACUCACCUCAGAGCCAAGGCAAUGGAGGGAACCCAGCUGCUCCUGCCUCCAAGCCCAAAGGAGGAAGAGGAGGGAGCAGCCAGCAAGAAUUCCUGCUCCCCCCACCGCCCAUCUUCAACCAGACAGCUCUGCCAAGCCACAGCCCAGGGCUCAUCUACAGCCUGACGGAUGCCACAGUGUCCUCGCCCUCGGGGCUGGUCCAGACCCUGCCGGGGUCCUUCCCAGACAUCUAUGAUGGAGACACCAAGAAGUGGGAGGAGCAUUUCCACAGCAUCCAGAGGGCCUACAAGGAAUUUGGCAAGGAUGAUGACUUCGCCAUCCGGGUGCUGACCGAGGACUUCACCCUGCCAUUCCCAUUCACCUGGCCAGCUAAAGGUGAGGCAUCCCUGCAGCCAUCCUGUGACCCCACCGACUGCUCCGGCUUCGACUUCUUCCUGCACCCAGGCAAACCCGUGCCUCGGAUCCUGCAGCCGCUGCAUGCCACCACCCAGGCCUUCUUCAAGAAGAGACGUUUGGAGCAGCUGGCCUUCAGCUAUGCCAGCCAGGCUUCCCAGGGGCCACCGGCACAAGCAGCCACUCCCCCGAUGCAGCCAGAUGUUGUGAUGAUCACCAGCCUGCCACAUGUGAGCACCUCCGCCAUGCCUGGAGAACCCACCUUCCUCCUAAAGGAUGGCAAAGGCCUGAGGAACAUCCAGCCUGCCCCUGUGGCAGUCUCCAAUCCUGCCCCACCGCAGCUAGGAAAUCCUGGGUUCCUUACCCCAACCACAUCCCCUUUAAACCUUCAGUAAUGCUCCAGAUGUGUAUGAACCCAAACACGGCCCAUCUGACACACUCCAGAUGUUUAUGACCCCUCCACACAUCCCGUGUGAACACUCCAGUGUUUAUGAACUCCAGUGCAGCCCGUCUUAAUGUUCCAGAUGUUUAUGAACUCCAGCGCUGACCAUAACAUGCAGUGAUGCGCCAGAUGUUUUUGAAGCCUACUGCUGCUCACCUGGCCACUCGGGGUAUGUCUACAUUGCAAAAAAACAACCCCAUGGCAGCGAGUCGCAGAGCCAAGGUAACUGGUUUGGGCUCAUGCUGCUGGGCUAAAAAUAGCAGUGUAGACAUUUGCACCCAGGAUGGAGCCCAAGCUCUGAGGCCCUCUCCCCUUGCUGGGUUUCCAGCCUGGCAUGGAACGUCUACACUGCUAUUUUCAGCCUUGUAGUGUGAGAUCCGCAAGCCCAAGUCAGUUGACACAAGCUCUGAGAGUCGCUGCUGCAAUGUAGACAUGCCCUCAGUGACGAUCCAGAUGUUUGUUGUCUAGCUGGGAUCUGUAUGUUACAGCCUGGGUUGAAAGUUUAAUAAAAAUCAUCCUAUCUGCUGAAGGGGGACCCUACCAGCCUACCCUGUACAUGGAGAGAGCAUCCCGGGGAGAAGGUUAGUAAAAUGGAAUCAACUUGGA